AUGGAACGUAUACAAAUUCAAGGUGAAAUAGCCACAGCUUAUUCGCUUGCACAAAUGCUUUCAUCAAUUCCAUUAACACGUACUGGUCCAUGUGAAGUUGUUAUAUUUGAUAUUCAUGCAUUACAAAAUCAAUUUUAUUUUUCAUCAAAUGUUAUUGUUCGUCUUGAAUCAACAGUUGGAUUAUUAUUAGAUGAAUUAAAUAGUCGAGAAAAUCAAAACGAAAAAUUUGCUAUUGCAUUUCCAGAUGAUGGAGCUCAUAAAAGAUUUGCUCAUAUGUUUGAAGAAAAUAAGUAUCCAAUUGUAAUUUGUAGUAAAAUUCGAGAAGAUGAUAAACGUAUUACAACUAUUAAGGAAGGUAAUCCAACAGGUUAUCAUUGUAUAAUUAUUGAUAAUUUAGUACAAUCAGGUGGUACACUUAUUGAAUGUGCACAAGCACUUUUAAAAACUGGUUCCGUUAAUAUAUCUGCUUUUGUUGGUCAUGGAAUAUUUCCAAAUGAAAGUUGGAAAAAAUUCAUUCAUUCAAAUAAUCCAAAAGUUCGUUUCGAUACAUUUUAUGUAACAAAUACUUAUCCAAAUGCACAAGUAUUAAUUGGUAAACCUCCAUUUAAAGUAAUUUCUAUUGCCAAACUUUUAUACAAUAUUUGUUUUAAUUGAAUUCAAAAACAUUCUUUUUCUCUUCAAAUAAAAUAUAAUACCUUUUUGAUAAAUAUAUAUACCACACUCAGGUUCAUCUAUAUUAGAUACUUUCAUAUCUCAAGCAUUUUAAAGAAAACAUGAAUCACCAUUGAAUUGUACACAAUAAUUGAAAUAUAAACUUUUGAAUGAUAUUGUAAAUGAACGGAAGGAAAGAUUUAUGUGGUUGUCACAUGUUUAUCGUUGUAGUGGUAUGAUAGAAAGGCACAGAUAGAUGCAGAUCCAUUUUUUUUUUAUGAAUCUAGACCUGGAUUUCAGAAUAGAUAGAUCUCGAUGCGUAAAGGAAAAGUUGUCAGAGAUUCUAAAUUACUAAAUACUUCUUUCUAGGAAAUAUUGGAAUCGCUACGGCUAAAAAUACAUCCGCUUGCUCAGAUACAUAACGUCAGAUAGAACUGGAAUUUUUUACAUAUACUAGACACUGCUGAGAAUGUUUAGUUUUUGGUUUAUUUUUAUCUCCUUGCAUUCGAAUAAAAAGAUCAAAAUACAGAGUAUGUAUCCCCAAAAAUAUAUGUUUACUUUACUAGAAUUUCUUUCGUAAAAUCUUCCAAAAAUCUAUGGUGCAAAUUUUUUCAGAAGGAAAAAAAAAGUAGGUACUCAAAUCAGUGCUCAGUAUCUGUAAAAAUAGUUUUAGCUCGAUCGAACGUUCUAUGUCGAAAAAACGGAAGCGAAUCUGAACCUUUUUUUUUUGUAGAAUUUGAUUUCGAGAAAAACGAGAAAAAAAUCUUCCUGCACGUAUCAGAACUUCUUUUUUUUACAACUAAAGUGAUGGAAAACUGAUCAUGUUAGGUGGUGCUAUACGCCUAUAACUCAUGCUCUAAGCAUCUUUAGAACGAUAAAUAAUCAUUAUUAUGAGAAGAAUUUUGUAAACAAAGACUAAUUGCAGCGCGAGUUGAGUGUGGGUAUGAAUCUUCUUUUUGUCCACAUCCACACCCAGAAGUUUUUCAGAAAUUCUAAUCUCACAUAGAGUGGUCACAUCCCUGUCUGAGAAUUAAUAAUAUUUUAAAUGAAAUCAAAACUAUUCAUCUCUUAUGAAGAAAAAUCAUCAUUCAGACAACCAAAAGAAUUUUUCAUUCACCUUCUAAGAAAUCUCUACAAUAUUGAGAAAAUAUUUUCAGUUAUGCUAUCUCAGUAAAUAGAAGAAUAUCAGUUUUGGAUCUUCAGAGAUACUUUGUAAUAUCGAUAAACUUUGUUAACACUUUUCUUAAUGAAUAAGAUACAUAUUGAUAUAGAAUAAAAUUAUUUUUGUGUUAUUCUGAAAAAUCAUCAAUGUACUGACUUACAGUUCUAGUGAUAAAUGUUGCUCAUUGUUGAUUUAAACAUUUUGCUUACUUUUUAUAAAUGAUCUUCUCCAAGUAAAGGUAUGAUUGUCGCAUGUGCCUCUAUAUCUUAAAUGGAACGUAGGAAAAAACGAUUCUGUUUUUUCUUUAUCAGGGGUCGCAGCGACACUACUUUCCUGAUUUUUUAAAAGCGUCCUGAGUCGUCCUAAUUUUGCCCAUUUUUCCUGAUUUUCCUGAUUUUCUUGACUUUGUGUUAUAUAGCUCGGACGCAACAGUAGUUCGGAAGCACAAAACAGGACUCAUUGCCAAGAAAAUUUUCUCUCCAAUUAUAGCACAAAUUCUCAGUCUUUGUUUUAGUUGGACUAUGAGCGAGAUAUCGUUUUUAGGGGUUGAUUUUUAUAUAAGGCUUAAACUUGACGAUUUUAAUGCAGUUGGUCUCUUUCGGAAGUAAUAAAAUUCAGCUCUACUCAACCCUCCACACUAGUGGCGUAACCACGAGGGGGGCUGGGGGGGGGGGGGGGGGGGGGGGGGGGGGGGCCCCCCCGGCCGGGUGGCCGCCCCCCCCCCCCGCCACCCUUCCGUCCCUACAAAAGAGGGAGUGCUUCCUGGUU